AAACAAUAAAAGAGUUCAUUGAAACCAACAAGGAAUUUGCAAGAAACCAGGAAAAUGAUGAAGCCAGAGAAAAUGCUGCAAAAAUUUAUGAAGAGUUGAAGAAAAAAAUGUCUUUUGAGAAAAUUGAACAAAUAAUUGAAAAUUGCGAAAAAUUGGUCGGAUUUGAGUUAUUACUUAAUGAAAGCAAAAAAAACGAAACUCAAUUAAAAGCACAACAAAUUUACCCGCCCAAAUAG